AUGGAGGAGUGGCUAUUUUUAGUUGGGUUUCGGAGGAGUGGCUUGGUUUUCGAUGGAGGUUGUGGCUCGGUUUUGGUUGCAGUUGAGGAGUGGCUGGGUGUCUUAGUUGCAAAGGAGGGUUUCGGCGAAAGAGUGGCUGGGUUUCGCAGGGUUUCGACGGAGGAAUGGCUAGGGUUAGUGGUGAACAGCGACUGGAGUUGCAGCGGUGAUUCACGACAGCUGGAGUUACAGCGUUGA